AUCAUGGUGUUUUACAUAUGCUCGACCCUUAAGGUCACUAGGUCAAAGUAGAUGAUCCUCCUUACAGAAGAGUUCGCAAUAACACCAGUGCACAUUUUCUAGAAAGUCAAAAUAACUCGCGAGGUCUGCAACACUGCCAUCUUUGACAAGUUUAUAAAACCACAAGAAUGUUCCGCCUUUCACCAUUUGUUCGACUUGCUGCCUCCAAGAAGUUCACACCUGCCUUGGCAAGAUGCUAUGCAAAAGAUUUAAAGUUUGGUGGGGAUGCAAGGGCUUUAAUGCUCCAAGGAGUUGACUUGCUUGCUGAUGCAGUCGCAGUUACUAUGGGACCAAAGGGAAGAAAUGUUAUCUUGGAACAAAGCUGGGGUAGCCCCAAAAUUACUAAAGAUGGUGUAACUGUUGCCAAAGGAAUAGACCUAAAGGAUAAAUACAUGAACAUAGGUGCUAAGCUAGUUCAAGACGUAGCCAACAACACCAAUGAAGAAGCAGGGGAUGGGACCACUGCUGCCACAGUUCUAGCGCGAGGCAUUGCCAAAGAAGGAUUUGAUAAAAUCAGCAAGGGGGCUAACCCAAUCGAAAUAAGAAAAGGUGUCAUGAUGGCUGUAGACUGUGUGGUUGAAGAAUUAAAGAAGAUGUCCAAGCCAGUCACAACACCAGAAGAAAUUGCUCAGGUUGCAACAAUUUCUGCAAAUGGUGAUAAGUCAGUAGGAGAAUUGAUAUCCGAUGCCAUGAAGAAAGUAGGCAGAGAUGGUGUUAUCACUGUGAAGGACGGUAAAACCAUGAAGGAUGAAUUGGAGACAAUAGAGGGAAUGAAGUUUGACAGAGGCUACAUCUCACCAUAUUUUAUCAAUUCUUCAAAGGGUGCCAAGGUCGAGUACCAGGAUGCCCUGGUGCUGCUGUGUGAGAAGAAGAUUUCCAGCGUUCAGUCCAUCCUGCCUGCCCUGGAGCUCGCCAACCAGGCACGCAAGCCCCUCGUGAUCAUCUCCGAGGACAUGGAAGGGGAGGCUCUCAGUACGCUCGUACUCAACAGGAUCAAGGUAGGGCUGCAGGUGGUUGCAGUGAAGGCCCCAGGGUUUGGAGAUAACCGCAAAAACACGCUGCGUGAUAUGGCGGUGGCAACAGGCGGGGUUGUGUUUGGGGAUGAAGCAGACAUGUACAAACUAGAGGACAUCCAAAUGCACGACUUUGGUGCUGUUGGAGAAGUUACAAUUACUAAGGAUGAUACCAUGAUGAUGAAGGGUAAAGGUAAUGCCAAGGACAUUGAGAAGAGAAUCAACCAGAUCAAGGAUGACAUUGAGAUCUCCACAUCUGAAUAUGAGAAGGAGAAAAUGAACGAGCGACUGGCCAAACUUUCCAAUGGAAUUGCAGUCCUCAAGAUUGGGGGUACCAGCGAGGUGGAGGUCAAUGAGAAGAAGGACCGUGUGACGGACGCACUCAACGCCACCAAGGCUGCGGUGGAGGAGGGCAUCGUGCCAGGGGGUGGUACCGCCCUGCUCAGGUGUAUACCUGCCCUGGACGCCAUCAAGUGCACCAACAGUGACCAGAAAACAGGAGUGGAGAUAAUUCGUAAAGCCCUGAGGAUUCCUGCGUAUACCAUUAUCAAGAACACUGGCAUCGACCCCACCAUCAUUGUUGAGAAGGUGCUUGCUGCAGCAGGAAGUAUGGGAUACGAUGCCCUCGAGGGAGAAAUGUGCGAUCUCAUGAAACGGGGCAUUAUUGAUCCAACAAAGGUUGUACGAACAGCGCUGGUGGAUGCAGCUGGAGUUGCCUCCCUUCUCUCAACAGCCGAGUGUGUGGUUACGGAACUACCCAAAGAGGAGAAAGAGAUGGCAAUGGGGGGCAUGGGUGGGAUGGGAGGAAUGGGGGGCAUGGGAGGAGGCAUGUACUGAAAAACCCAUAGGCUAUAAUAAGACAAUGUGAUGCUAAAAAUAGAUUGUGGGAAAUCCCAGAUAUGUCAUUCGAGGUGGCAAAAACUUGUUCAAUGGUAGCUUGGUUACUAAGGAGUUAAAUCUAAAGUACAAGAACCUUGUUGCGUGUGUUCAAGAUUCCUAGUUAUGUAUUUUUACAGAGAUUAUAUUAGGCAACAAAUUACAAUCAUGAAAUACACAAAACAGGUUUUUGUCAAUUUAGAAAUGAUUAAGAAAGAACGAUUAUUAUUUUCCGAUUAGCCAUUAAUUAUUUCAGAAAAGAAACGAAUAUGGUAUUAUUCCAAGAUCAGUGUUCACAUCAAAAUCUGCUUGUUCUUUUGUGUGUGUCUGCAUUUGUUAAACAUGUCUGUCACUGAAAUGUUUUCAGUAUACUUGUUGUAUAUGUUAAGAAAGUUGAGGUUUUUGAUGACCAUGUAUUCAUUUUAAUCUGACGAUGAAACAUACAAUAAAUCAUUCGUUCAUUCAUUUACAUUUUUUUUUUAAAUUAAAUAUUAUUUUACACUUAUACUUCAUAAAACAAUAAAAUGUAUUCAGAGUAACUUGCAAGCAAGAAUACAGUCCCCAUAAUAGAUGCCACUGUUUUUUGGUAAAUUGAUUUCUUAAACUUAAUGUUAUAACUUUGAAACCAAAAAGUAGUAUGUCAUAAAUAUAAUCGGAAAUUUAAAAAUAUUAAAUGAAUCCAUACAUGUAUCUGUUAUAUUAAGUAGGAUUUUGCCAGCAUAAUAGUGUAAUAAAUGGUGUGAAAAUGUUAUAGAAUAAAAAACAAGUCUGUAUAGAAUGCUGGUUCAUAGACUUGUGUGUGGAUUGUGUAUUAAAUAUCAUUUUAAUAAAAUGUUUUCUAUA